CAGAGAGAACCCACAGCCAUGUAUCUGAACAGGGAAGAGGACAGCGGCAAAGGCUCAGUGUCCCUCAGUGUGUUCCUGGUCUCCCUCGCAGUGACAGUGUGUGCUGUUUGGCUGGUGGCUCUUUGUGGCGUCUGUGGCUGGUGUCAACGCAAGCUGGGGAAGAGGAAUAAGCCGGGAGUGGAGACAGCAGACACUCCAGACUCAGCACGUGGGCGAGGGGAGAAGAAAGCCAUCAAUGAUCUAGACAGAGACUUUUGGAAUAACAAUGACAGCAGCACAGUGCAGCAGAAGUGGAGCUCCUAUCCUCCCAAGGAGUUCGUACUAAACAUUUCUCCCUAUGCUCAAUAUGGAGAUCCUCGCCUCACACUCAAUGAGGGGAAGAUGGUGGUCCUGGCUUUGGCCAUUGGUGUGGCCGAGCAAGAUGACUUUGCCAAUAUCCCUGACCUGCAGGAAACAGCGCAGGCAGCACCAGCGGCCAAUCAGGAGCCCCCUCCUGAGAAGAGGGGCAACAAACCAGCUAACAGCCCCAAAGGCCAACCACCUGAUGCUGACGGUCGCUCCUCCGUAACCGACUUGGCCAAUUCUCUCACCGGAGACAUGGUGAUGUUGUCCCCUGGUUCCGAGGAUGAUGACGGCGAAGGGCCCAUCAGUGAGAAGCUGGGCCGGAUCCAGUUCAGCAUAGGUUACAGCUUCCAGAACACGACUCUCACUGUCAAAAUGCUCAGGGGCCAGGACCUGCCGGCAAAAGACUUCUCUGGCACCUCCGACCCCUUCGUCAAGAUCUACCUGCUGCCUGACAAGAAGAACAAGCUGGAAACCAAGAUCAAGAGGAAAAACCUCAACCCCCACUGGAACGAAACCUUCCUUUUUGAAGGCUUCCCGUAUGAGAAGGUUAGAGAGCGCACUCUCUACCUUCAGGUGUUGGACUAUGACCGCUUCAGCAGGAACGACCCCAUCGGAGAGGUGUCGAUCCCCCUCAACAAGGUGGAACUGGGCCAGAUAAAGACUUUCUGGAAGGAGCUCAAGCCCUGCAGUGAUGGCAGCGGGAGACGAGGGGACCUGCUGCUGUCACUCUGCUAUAAUCCCAGUGGCAACACCAUCACUGUGAACAUCAUCAAAGCCCGCAAUCUCAAAGCCAUGGAUAUCGGGGGUACCUCAGAUCCAUAUGUGAAGGUGUGGCUGAUGCACAAGGACAAGCGUGUAGAGAAGAAGAAGACGGUGACGAUGAAGCGCUGUCUGAACCCCAUCUUCAAUGAGUCCUUCCCCUUCGAAGUGGCCGCCCAUGUGCUGAGGGAGACCACCAUCAUCAUCACCGUCAUGGACAAGGACAGGCUCAGCCGCAACGACGUUAUUGGCAAGAUCUACCUAUCAUGGAAGAGUGGACCGGGGGAGGUGAAGCACUGGAAAGACAUGCUCGCUCGGCCGCGUACGAACGUGGCCCAAUGGCACGCUCUCAAGGCCUGA